AUGAGCUCAUUUCGCAGAACAGAGAAGCGCCAUGCACCAGAGUUCAAGAUUUCUCAAGCACACCUUGAAGCCGUUCGGGAACUCUGUGACCAAUUUAACAAAAAGCCCCACGUUGAUUCUGGUCAUCCUAGUGGUGAUUUGAUCCGAGGUGUCCGAUCCAGGGAGGAGGGAUUGGAUAAUGAUGUGGGGGAAGCUCAAGUCCUUGAAAGAGAAGACCUGGAGACUUCUGGAGUCUGUUUGGACACCCAAGGAACCUUCACACUUGCCUCUGAGGCCCCAGUCGUUCCGUGGGGAAAGAAAAAGCCCCGUGCUGGUGCUGAAGAUCGAAGCUUCACCAUAGGAGACCAAACUCGAGAGCAACUCUUACAAAGCCGCAAAUAUCUCGGCAGCUGGAAGAAAGCCCUGGGGAUCUUUUCUGUGACAAUCCACUCAUGCAUCGAGCUUCUUCUUCGUCUCAAUGAGCGUCCAACGGAACUCACUGUUAAAGCUGAGGUCAAGCCACUGGGCCAGCGACAUCCACAGGCAUGGGCCCAGGAAACGCUCGCGACAGAUCCUGGGUCACGGUUGGCUUUCUACGUCACGUACACAAGGAAGGCCGUGGAAACAUCGUCCUAUGUGACUUCGAAUCUAGUCAGAGAUCUCUAUAAGGCCAACUCAUUUGUCCACUGA